CGGUGGAGGAGCUGUUUGCAGCGGAGGUAUUACGUCUCGGAUGUGUCACACAGGGAGUCAGGGGCGAGUCUCGACUGCAGACAUCGUCGAGUGUUUGACCAGGAUGCUCAUCAAUAUGAGAAGAAACAAUCGCAUUUCUCUAAACGUUUUUCCAUCGACAAAAGUGUGACCGCUCGACUCAACACGACGCACAAAGGAAACCAACCUACACACAUCUCAGAGAGCUGACGUGCCGGACGAGUUUCUGCUCCACAUCCUUACUCUAAAAUUCAUCCUCAUCCUCAUCCCCGCCCCGACGUGAAGCCACCAUGUCCGGGAAGAAGCACAGCCCCCGUCACCGGCCGUGGUCCGUGUACCGGGCCAACACGUUUGAUCUCUCGGCUGAGAUGAUGGGGCUGGCUCUCUCAGGCAACAGUCAGGAUCCAGACGAGCCUGUGCUGGAGUUCAGCGUGGCCUGCAGUGAGCUGGUUACUCCGUCUCUGGACCGUAAGCCAACCAGCUUUGUCGCCAUCAGCUGCACCACGCCGCCUCAGGCCUUCUGGACCAAGCACUCUCAAACUGAAAUCAUAGAGGGCACCAGUAACCCUAUCUUCCUGAGCAGCGUGGCGUUCUUUCAGGACUCUCUGAUCACUCAGCAGACUCAGGUCAAGCUUUCUGUCUACGAUGUGAAGGACCGCGCGCAGGGAACAAUGUACAUGCUCGGCUCGUCCAUGUUCUCCGUGAAAGAGCUGCUGCAGGACAAACACCACAGACUGCACCUGACUCUCAGGUCAGCAGAGAACGAGCGCGUGGGGAACAUCACCGUCAUCGCCUGGCAGAUAGAAGAGAAGCGCGAGCAGAGAGCUCCCGUCGCGAGAUUACAGAGAGGAGACACUGUCAACGGAAGGAUGGUUCUCCCUGUUGAUGAAAGCCUCACUGAAUCCAUGGGCAUUAAAUCCAAGUCUUCAUCUCUGUGUAAAGACCCGCUGCUAAAAGCUGUGUUCGGGGGCGUCAUGUCACGAACAUACCGGUUCCCCACCACGGACGGCAACCACCUCCGGAUCCUGGAGCAGAUGGCGGAGAGUGCGCUCUCCCUGCACAUUCCUCGACAGUUUGUCAAGCUGCUGCUGGAGGAAGACGCCGUCAGAGUGUGUGAGCUGGAGGAACUGGGUGAGCUGUCUCCAUGUUGGGAGAACCUCAGGAGGCAGAUCAUCACUCAGUAUCAGACCAUCAUCCUCACCUACCAGGAGACCAUAAGUGACCUGCAUGAGUACAAAGGUCCUUCCUUCAAGUCCAGUACCUUGAAAGCUGAGAGGAAGCUGGAGUUUAUUCCCACUAACCUGCACAUCCAGCGGAUGAGAGUACAGGGAGAGUCUGGCUAUGACCGGACGUACGAUGUCGUGACGAUCGGUGCUCCUGCUGCGCAUCACCAAGGCUUUAAAGGCUGCGGCCUCCGGAAACUGCUGCACAAGCUUGAAGAAGCCAGGAAACAGACUUAUGUGGAAGAAAGCUCUGCUGGCUCUGGCCCCAAACGGAUGGCAUAUCAGCCUCAGGAUGUCGUGAAAGCGAAGGAGCUGAUCGCUCAGAUCAACACUCUGAAGACACAAGUGUGUUACUACACUGAGCGUCUGUCUCGAGCCGCCAAGGACCGCUCAGCCAACGCUCUGGAGAGGACGCUGGCCAUCCUAACAGAGAAGACUCGUCAGUUAGUGACCGUGUGCGACUCCAAGCUGCUGUCCUCAGCCAUCCUCGCUCUGGCGGCCGCCCGCCCAGAGUUUGCUCAACAAGGCACCCCGUCCCCGUCCUCCUCCUCCCUCUCGCCUUCCUCUCGUUCCCCGUCGCGCUCCCCCUCCCGCCACCCGACCUCCCCGUCUCGUGCCGCCACCUCACCUUCUCGCCAUGUGCUCCCUCCCGAGGGCGGCGACGCGAGUAGAAACAAGCGCGCCUCUUUGCAGGCGGAUUUCCACGAGGAGGAAUGGGAGAAGGUUUGGCUGAAUGUUGAUAAGAGCCUGGAGUGUGUGAUCCAGAGGGUGGACAGGCUGCUGCAGCGAGACAAACUCGAGAGUGACAGUAGCUCUGAGGACGUCUUCCUGCUCGCCACAGAGGAACCGGGUGGCACUAAGAAAGAAAUCAGCCCAGAGGUAGAAAAGACGUCUCCAGGCGAGUGGAGCGACGCUCUGUACCCUCUCCUCACCACGCUGACGGAUUGUGUGUCUCUGAUGAGCGACAAGGCCAAGAAGUCCAUGGUGUUUCUGCUGAUGCAGGACAGUGCCCCCACCAUCGCCAUGAGCCUCACCCUGCAGUACCGCCGCGACGUCGUCUUCUGCCAGACGCUGACGGCGCUGAUCUGUGGCUUCGUUAUCAAGCUGAGGAACAGUAUCUGUGACUCGGGCUUCCUCAGGCAGCUACACACCAUCGGCUUACUGGUGCAGUACGAGGGCCUGCUCAGUACAUACGGUGAGGAGCUGGCCAUGUUGGAGGACAUGAGCGUCGGAGUGAUGGACCUGAGGAACGUCACCUUUAAAGUUACCCAGGCGACUUCGGGUUUCUCCCCGGACAUGAUGCCGGUGAUCACGGGAAACAGGAACGGCUUCAACGUCAGGGUGCCGAUGCCUGGAGUGAUGUUUGACACGCUGCCACGAGAGAUCCAGAACGGGAUGCUGCUGCGCGUGCAGCCAAUCCUGUUCAACGUGGGCAUCAACGAACAGCAGACGCUGGCUGAGAAGUUUGGAGACACGUCGCUACAAGAGGUGAUCAACAUGGAGAGCAUGACUCGCCUCAGCUCAUACUUUGACCAGUUUAAAGAAGUCCUGCCAGAAGACUGCCUGCCUCGCUCCCGCAGUACCACCAGCCUGCCCGAUCUGCUUAAACUGCUGAACCAGAACGUCAACGCCAAGAAAAGCAAGAACGUGGAGAUUUUGUGGCAAGCAGCCGAGGCAUGCCGCCGCCUGAACGGCGUGCGUUUCACCAGCUGUAAGAGCGCCAAGGACCGCACGGCCAUGUCUCUGACCCUGGAGCAGUGUCAGAUCCUGCAGCAGGAGCACGCCCUCGCCCCACAGGUGUUCUACCAGGCCUUGGACUGCAUGCGCAGUGAGGGCUGCAGGAGAGAGAACACCAUGAAGAACGUGGGAUGUCGUAAAUAUGCCUUUAACUCUCUCCAGCUCAAGGCCUUCCCCAAACAGUACCGCCCUCCAGAGGGGACGUACGGGAAGGUUGAGACCUAAGUGGACUCGUCUGACUGGAGGAAACCAAAAGACUGAAGGGGAUAAUGAUGAUGGCACCACACAGACAAACAAAAAAACACAAACUGGAACAACAGCCCUUUGUUUUUGUGCUUAGUCACUGUUAAGAUGAUUCAUGUUCAAGUGCCAGUGCUACUCUAGUUUGUUUUCUAGCAGUUCCCCCCUCGUCUCCUUUUCACGGCCACUUCGAAGCCCAAAAAAAAAAAAAAAAAGAGUAGAUAUCUGUCUUACAUCGUAGCCAGUUGUUGUUGGCUGCUGUGCCAGGAAGCGUACGACUGAGUCAUUUCAAGUUGUGUUCCUAGAAAUAAGAUGUGCAGACGUCUCAGCCUUUAGACAGACGAUGUCGCAGACAUAGUUCAAGGUUGUUGUAGUCCACUUACUGUCACAGUCCAAUGGAAAAACCAAAACCAGCAACCAAAGUUUUGUUUGUGCAGCCACAGCCCGAUGAAGCUUCUGCCGCCUUCAUCAUAAUGAACAUUUGCACUGUAGUUUAUCAAUCCCACGCCGUGCUGCUGCUGCUGCACCAAAUGUGUAUUAAUCCGCCCCCUGAAAUGAAAAUAGUCCCCGACAAAUGCACUAUUUCCCCUCGUUUGAGCGACAUUUGUUCUAAACGACAGUGCCCAGAUGUUUAAGAGAAUUACUGAUUACUGCUUUUUUUAAAUUAAAAAACUAAAAAGUUUAAAGCUGUGCAGGCUUAAUGCUGACGGGACAGGCUGGUUUUAGUUUUUUCAUGGUUUGUUGACAAUAAAUAAAACAAAAAAUAAUGCUUGAAGGCAAAUUUUAUUUGCGUAUGGUCAGUUUUCCUACAAGAGGUGACAAGUUCAGAGCAGUAACCAAGCAAGAUAACACAAUGUGAAAAGAUUUCUUGAAAAUGUUGCUUGAAAAUAUGUUUUUCUGUGAUUUGGAGCCACAUAAAUGUGACGUUGCCCGCUGUAGAUUUGACUGACACGAUAUUUCUCUGGACCUAAACUGCAGAAUGUUUGUUUUCCUCCCACUGUCUCUCCUUCUUCUGGUCUUCAGUCGCCUUCAUCACUCUCGACAAGCACAGAUCUUUAAGAACCUGACACUAUUCAUCUCUGUUGUUCCUCCGAUGCUGCGCUGGGAGCAUCGACGUGGUGCAUCACAUUAUUCUCGAGCACAUCUACAGAUGUUUAGGACGUCUCUGUGGGUUAUAUGCAGCACUGUAGUGGUUCGUUAGCCUUUCAAACUUUCGUUUAUUUAAAGGUGUGUUCUCAGUUUUACAGCACUCGGUUGAAUUAUGCAGAACUUUGUUCAGAAAUUGGAUUUAAAAAAAAAUAAUUUCACUUGCAUGAAGAUAAAAAAAAACUUACUGCUUUAUACUAUUGCAAUUGUAUACUGUUGCAGCCGAGAGUACCAAUGGGCACCUGAUGGAUGUUUUGAGACUGAAGUGAAUUUAUGCAUAUUGCACCUCUUCUGUCAGUUUACCAGCUCCGGGGCUCCGAUGUACCUUAUUGUACAAAACUUAACAGAGACAGUGGAUUUUAUUUUGAAAAUAUUAUUUUGCUUACAGGUAAUUUACGUUGACAUGGCUGUUCUAGUUUUGUCCAUUUGUUAUUGAGUUAGUUCUGAUCGGUUGUACAUGCACACAGGUUGAAACGGGAGGUUUGGAGACGCCUUCGCCCCCCCACAGAGAUAUAAAACAAACCUGGAUGAUAAAUAAAGGCUUGUUAAUGCCAAA